GCCGAACAUCCCCCACCUCUACCUCAUCACCCACCCGUCAGCUCAUCUCCCCACUUUCCCAACCAUGUCCUCAAAGUUCAUAGGCCAACAAGCCGCCCAGGAGCUCGAUGAAUGGCUGAUGGAUCCCGCGAAGGGGGGGUUUUCGGUCGACCAGUUGAUGGAGUUAGCGGGAUUGAGCGUCGCGCAGGCGGUCGCGAGGGAGUAUCCGAAGGAGAACGGGGGGCGGGUUGUUGUUUGUGCUGGGCCAGGGAAUAACGGAGGCGACGGACUGGUUGCGGCCCGGCAUUUGUUCCAUUUCGGAUACACUGUCAGGGUGUUUUAUCCCAAACCGACCGAUAAGCCGCUGUACAAGAACUUGACUACCCAGCUGAAAUCUCUAGACAUCCCGCUCGUGGACAGUCUGGACGCGGCGUUGAAGGAGGCGGAUGUGGUGGUCGAUGCACUCUUCGGGUUCAGUUUCAAGGGAGAUGUGCGCGCCCCGUUCGAUUCUGUGCUGAAGACCCUCCAAUCCUCCCGCCUCCCCAUCGUCUCCAUCGACAUUCCCAGCGGGUGGGACGUCGAGAAAGGCAACAUCCGCUCCCCGACCCUCCAACCCUCCACCCUCGUCUCGCUGAGCGUGCCUAAAGUCGGUGUCAGGGAUUUCACAGGCAAACACUACCUCGGCGGCCGCUUCAUCCCCCCGCAGCUGGCUGACAGACUGGGGUUCGCGGUGCCGAGGUACGAGGGGUGCGAGCAGUGUGUGGAUGUUACGGGGUGGGUUAGGGAGGUGUGAUGAUGUGACGAGAUGAGGUUUGGGAGACCGCGAGGAGCGGAUUUGAUGGGUGGAGAGGAUAUGAAAUGCGCGGGGGCGAGUUUCGGGGGGAUGCGAGAUGUGGAAGUAGGAUAGGUUAGGCAGGCAAAACUUGUUUUCAGUUGGGCAUCUGAGGCAUGGAGGAGCGGUAUCGGUAUUGCAAGAGAAAGGGCGUAGCUCGAUACAAUCCGAAGAUUCACGAUAACACAACGGUCCUAGAGCGCAAGUUGAUAUUCAUACGGUAUCGACAAAAUGUGCAGACGGAAGGACGUCCGCAAAUGUUCCCCUUUAGAAGAAAGCUGCAUCAACCGCCUCUGAACCAAGUGGCAGGGGAGCAUGGGGACGCAAACACUUUUUUUCGCAAAACAUUAUUCAAAAGACAGGCCCCACCAGUGAGGCGA